ACCGGACGGCGCGAGGCAAGAAAAUCGUGUGCCGGUUCGCUAGAUGGGGACCCGGUAGCACCCGAGACGCUAUCUACGACGCUCGCACUCAUCUGCAGAGAGACGGGAAUGGAGCCCGACGACAGCCACAAGAUCAGAUCUACAUCAACGAGAUGCUGACCACGGGAGCACACAAUGCGUUCAUGAAGCUGCGUGCCGCGCGUAAGAGAGGUGAAAUAAGCAGUGUGCAUACCAGGCAUGGCCUCAUUUACGUGCGCAUGAUCCCACAUGGUCAAAAAAUAUGCGUGCGGAACCGCAUUCAAUGCGAACGAGUGCUGCGCGGCGAGUAUUGAAUAGUGAGUACCGCCGACCGGCGCCGGGAGUGCUGGCGCCGCCCGUGCGCCGGCCUCCCUGCCCGUGGGGUUGGCCGAGGUCACACAGUGCUGAGUCGACGGCCGAGCGGCCGGGGCGGGUGUGCUGGGGGGUGACGUCACGCCGGGAUUGCUGGGACGGGACGGUGAGACUCCGGACAGCGCAGUCUGAGGAGGAUGACCUCUCAAACGGAACAGCUGGCCUGCUCGCCAGAGAUGACCGCCGCUCAGAAGAAACUCCUCCAACUGAACAACAACCGGAACCAGGAGGACAGUGCCAUGUCGUCGUCGUGCAGUGAGCUGGAGCCCUGUCCGCCGGCUGAGAUGAGCAUCACGGAGCGGCUAAUCCACUCUCAGCCCGUGUGGUUCCUGCCCGGCAUCCACCGGGCAGGUGCCGAGCAUCUGCUGCAGGGAAAACCGCCCGGGACGUUCAUUGUCCGCGAGUCGAGUAACACAGCCUCGAUGGCGCUGUCGGUGCGCCUGCCGGCUGGCAAGGGGCCGCACGUGGAGCACUUCCUCAUCGAGAAACAGGACGGCAAGCUGAGCCUCGAGUCGUCCGACAACCGCUUCAGUGACAUCUGCAGCCUGGUGGCCUGCUACAGCUCCCGAUGUGACGAGCUGCCCGUACAGCUGCGGCUCCCCGACAGUCUCCAGAAGGCCGAGAGUCGCCACCAGCUCCUGUCGCGCGCACUCCUCGGACAAGAAUUCUGGCAGUCACGUCUCGCCAACUGCUCACAAGGUGGCAGCACUGGAGCCAGCGGCAGCACCCAGUCCUCCACUGCGAGCAGCAGUCUGAACAAGGUCGGCGGCAGCCAGUCCAGUCUGGGCAGUCUGUGCAGUCCGCCGGGCGCGCCUCCUCCACCCCACACCGAGACUCUCACCAGUCAGUCGAGCCUGGGCAGCUCCAGCGGUCCUCCGCCCUCCGACUCGCCGCUGACCACGUUCGGACGGCGGCUGUCGUCAGGCCGCCCCGGCGAGGGCCGCGCCAGUCCGGCCACGCCCGCGCCGCUGGGCGCCAUCACGGAGCGUCCGGCGGAGGGCGCGCGCCGGCCGGCGGUGCAUCCGCGGCCCGCGCCGCCCACCAGUCUGCAGCUGCAGCCGGCGGCGGCGCGGCUUCACUCACCAGCACUGGUGGGACGCGUGGCCAGUCCGGUGGGAGGAGAGCCAGCCGGCCGGGCGGUGCCGCCGCGGCCGCCGCCACGCUGGUGUAAGCCGUCGCUCACGCCCCCAGCUGCGCUGAACGGGUUCUGUGCCGGGGCAAUCACAAACGGAAACGGUUUCGGCGCAGUUAGGAGCGAGGUGAGCGCGCUCCGGGGCAGCGCAGCUUCCGGCAGACAGGUGCGUAGCGCGUCCAACACACCAGUGCGAGAGCUGGCACCGACGCCAGGCAGCGCGCCGUGGCGCCAGACCGCGUCUCCCGCCACCACGCCGGCCUCGUGCGAUGACGAUGUGCUGCUUCCGGGCGGCGCGCCGCGCGCCAGCCGCCGGCGUGGCCGUAAGAAACGCUCCACGCACUACCAGGAGGCGGACAUCCUGGAGCUACCCGUCGGAAUCUGUCGCAGCUCGGUGGCCGACAAAAUCUCUGACUAUGAGGACAUCUGGGCGUCGCCGCCGCGAGAGAUCCCUGAGAGCACGUUCAAACCUCGCACGGCAGCUCGCUCGAUGAACGAUCUCAGUGAGGCGGCGAGGGAGCCGGCCGUGGUGCCGCCGGUGUCUGGCGACCGCACCGGUCUCCGACUGGAGCUGACCCCUGCACGUACCGCCUGCCCGGAGCUGCGCUCGCCCCGCUCCAGCGGUGCCAACAGCAGUCCGUUCUACGCGAUACCAGCGGACGCGGUGCGGCCUGCUUCUGCCAUCUGCAGUGAGACGGUCAGCUCACCGGCCGACGGGGUUGUGCAGCGGCGAGCGCCGUUCGACCGGACGGCAGCGCACCGCCACUCGGAGCCCAACAUCCGCUGGGAGCCGCCCGGUCGGUCCCGACGGCCCGGCGCCGCGCGACUCGAGACCAUCGACUCCAGUGACGAGCUGCCGCCUCUCUCCAGUAGCGUGGACAACCUGGCGUCGGCGCCGCGCCGUCUGCGUGCCGGAUCUCGCUCACACAGCUCGCACGGCCUGGGUGAGGCGGCACGGCGUGUCAAGGCCGUCCCGCCACCUCGGGUUCAGUCGCCGCGUCGGCCCCGGCAGCGGCGCGCCGCGCGCGGCUGGCGGCUCGACGCUGAAUGGGCAUUCGUCGGCGCUGAUAACGAGGGUUUCGAGGCAGACACGGAAGCCGAAGCCGACGAGGGUGCUGUCCAGCUGCGCAGGCCGCCGGUCGAGCCUCGCGACGCGUCGCACCGUCUCUCCGAGUCGACUGAGUCAGAGGCAGCAGGUCCGCCGACUCUCUCUAAGGAGGAGGAGAGCCGCAUCGUGCAGGCCUACAUCCGGCAGAGCCUGCCGCAGAUAGCGGGACCUAUCCUUCCCUCCAGCCUCCCCGUGCCGGAAGCGUCCAUCUCAGCAUCCGACUACGACAACGUCCGUCCUCUGAGCUCCCCGCCGCCUCCGGCACCCGCUCCGCCUCCCCCCGGAAUCGGAGUGAGUCCUCCACUGACCGACAUCACAGAGACCUCCAAAUGGGAGUCCAUCAUGCGCCUGAUGCAGGACCAGCUGCGGCUGCGCACGGGGCAGUUCGAGCCGGAGACGGCCGAGGAACGGCCCUUCACCGACUCGGAGUCGUUCGUGCACGUGCAGCAGGAGGCGCCGCCUGCGGAGGAUGACACGGCCACCUCCGAUGCGACGGUGGCUCGACCGGAGGCACAGCGGCUCGCCCGGCCACGCGCGCCGCAGGAGUCCCUCUACUCGCCGCCCCGUCUGACCUCACUCCGGCUACACCGGAGGAGCCAGCAGUCGGGCGCGGCCAUCCGCGAGUACGUCCUUCAGCUGGCCACCUCCGAGACAUCCAACACGUUCGCGCUCAACGUGCAGAAAUUCCUUCAGUGCACCCGAGAAGCGUCCGAGACCGAGCCUCAUGUGGUGAUGAGGAACACUCGCCAGUUCGUCAACGGCAUGAAGAACUACCUGGUCAAACACGGCGAGGGCAACUUCCACCAGAUCGUUGACAGCGAGCGGGACAAGCUGGCGUCUACUGCCUUCCUGAACCUGGACGUCAUCCUGGAGGGGGUGUUGGAGGAGCUGCUGGUCCGGCCUCUGUACGACCACUUCAAGCACCUGACGGCCGAGGCCGGGCGGCGCAGUGGCGCCAUCCAGCGGCUGACUGAGAACCUCGAGUUGACGCGCGGCCGCCCGGCGGCGUCACUGGGCGCCAAGCCGGAGCGGCCGCCGCCGACAGGAGCGGCCCUGGAGGCGAUACGGGCCACCAUGGAGAGACUGCAGGAGGCGGUCAGCCCGCUGGACAAGCUGGAGAACCUGCUGGCCGUGGUGUCGGAUGUGUUCGCCGCCGCUGGCGCCAAGGACGAGUCGCUGCCAGCGGACGAGCUGCUCCCACUGCUCAUCUACACAAUGGCCCAGUGUAACUGCGCCAGCAUAGAGUUUGAGGCCGACUACAUGUGGGGUCUGCUGCACCCGAUGCUGCUAAACGGUGAGGCCGGCUACUACCUGACCAUGCUGUCCUCGGCCGUGCACGUGCUGAAGAACCUGCCGCACUACCUGGACGAUCGGUCCCGCGAGUCCACCCGCAGCCUGUCACACUGUUCCGGUUCAGUCUCUGGCAGUGAGCCCGUUGACGGUCUGUUGCGAGUGGUCAUUCCGGACGAGCAGCAGGGUACCAUCAUCAGCCGCACGCUGCCGGCACGACCCACCACCUCUGCUAGGGAGGUGUGCAGGAUGCUGGGGAACAAACUACGCAUUACCAGCCCCACCGACUACGGCCUCUUCAAACUCAUCGACGGCUGUGAAACACUGCUGGGGGACCUCGACUGUCCUCAGCAUAUCAAACAAGAGCUGACCGCUCGAGGCACGCACUGUAUGCUCGCCUACAAACGACUCGAGGCCAAGAUCGCCUGGCCCACCGCCCAGCUCUGAGCGCGUGACGUCAUCGGACCAAACGUAGCUGUAUGUGAUGUCACAGAAACGAGGAAUAACGCGACGUGAGUCCGUUGAUAAUGCCGGUCGUGCAGCUGAAAAUUGGUGAAAAAAGAUAACGGAUGUGAGGUGACAUAUCCUUUGCUGAUUUUGAAAGUGACGUCACGAUAUCGUUCUACACAUGGCGUUACAGUAUCUCUUCUGACCCAGACCAGACAUAAUGAAUAAUGAUGUCAUGUCAGCUCAGCUCACAGUGUGACCCACGAGUGACGUCACAAUGUACGCAAUAGGUGCUCACUGCCCGUGCUGCCAACUGGAUUGAAACAACGUCACAGGAAUUCAGUCUGCUGGUGUGGUGUGCUCGAUGUGACGUCACAUGUCUCAGCGUGAGCGAUUGGCACUUCGCGGCAACUCUUUUUGUACUCAGUUUUACACGGGGCUAAUGCUGGAGCCUUGCGUUGCGUCUGUGUAGAUGUGAUGUGUGAACGUUUAUGCUGGGUGUGUUUCGGUGUAGUGUGCUGGUGCAUCCGUCUGCGGCCGCGGUGCACAAUGCCACCGUACGCCCCUAUGACGUCACCAGAAGAGGCUGAUGGUGCUGCCAAACUCAGCGAUGUGCAAUGAAUGUGACUGGACUGCGAGGGCGCGAGCGUUUGGUUACAUUUGGAAUAAUCUAGUCAACUAGCUCCCAUGGAUCGCUUUUCUACUUUGUUAACUGCAAUACAUCUCUGUCGAAAAA